AUGUAUGCCCUCCGGACAACGGACAUACCACCGCCCAGGCACGGUGGUCGCAAAGGGGGCGAACACGGGGAAAUCCCGACCGGAUCAACCGCGUUGGAUAUUAACUUCGAGGAGAGUAAACUUGAUCCUUCCUUGCACCGGUUCACGUCGAAACAUUCGAGGUCUGACGACCAAAAUCCUUCCACGAUUUCUGGUCUGCAAAUGCCCGCAGGGAUUGUGCCCAAUACUGAUCCUCCAAAACAGCCAAACAGCGGUCGCCAGCAACGCAAGCGCCUCGCCAAACGAACUGCAAAAUUUUUCCACAAGCAGACAUGCGAUGACUUGUCGAGGGCUGUGAGAGAUCCUGAUCAACACCAUAAACACUUCACAGAGGACUUUCCGAAGCCACAGAAGCGGAAUGCGGCAACCGAUACAUCAUUUAGAGGAGGAGAAGUCGUGGGUCCGGAAGUUGACAAAUCGCAUUACUUGUCGACGACUCCCACAGGUGGGACACGCAAAUCGCCACGAAUCAAUUCGAAAUCCCCUGUGGCUCUACAGGACAGUGAUCUCCCAGACUGCGAAGAUGUUGGCGAUCGACCAACAUCAAGGCUCAAGAGAGGCCUUGCACGAGUCAAGAGCAUGUCGGCGAUUCUUGUGAACACGGGCCGAGUACCUCAAUUUGAUACUGUCAGCACCUCCGGUGACAAGAAUUCCAAAAGGGAAACCGGUCUAACCAGUCUCGGCGCAUCAGAAAUUCCAGACACCAGGAGUGAGUCAGUGGAGCCGAGAAACACUCAAGCUGCCGAGCACGCAGCCUUCAAACAAGGCGCAGAAAGUGCAAAGACUACACUGUCACAGCUGCCACCGACGGUAGGGUUCCUCACCAACGAAGCCAUGCAGCACGACCGCGUGCGCUUCGCCAACGCCUUCCGAUCGAGGAUCGAGGCGAGGCGGCAGCGAGAGCUUGAAAAGGCCACGUCUGCAGCCUCCCUCGCCAGGAUCCGAGGAGGAUGGGGUGGCAGAGACCGAGGGCUCGACGUGCCGGAUUGGGUGCGCGAAAUGGAUCACGAAAUGCGACGCAUGCGUGACGAUCCGCAUUUCCAGCCAUUCCGCCGUGUUCGCGAGCACCGUGGCGAUGAUGGUUCUUAUCAUUACCAGGAGCACUUUGACUAUGAUUCAAGGCGCGAUGGUCCCAUUGGGCGCACAGGUCGAGAUGCUGGCAGGCUAGGUGCUCGGCAUGGUGGUGGUUUAGGUGGUCGCACCCGUGUUUUGUUGGGAGGGGGUCGUCCUCGUUCUCCUCCUGGCGGUGACGAGUCUGACUCUGAAGACGACUUGCCCAGGGGACCGCCUCUCCAAGGCCCUCCUGGUAUGGGUGGACAAGGUAUGAGAGAGUUUGGUGGCAUGCCACCUGGCAUGGGACCUAUGGGUAUAGGAGGGCCCGGAGGGAUGGGUCAACUAGGUAUGGGAGGCUUUGGUAGAGUGCCACCUGGGAUGGGUCCGCCAGGAAGGGCUGGUUUCAUUAGAAUGGGUGGGCCACAUAUGGGUGGUCUCGGUGGGAUGCCAGUCGGUGUGAUUGGACCUAUGGGGAUGGGACCUCGUGCAAUGGGAGGCAUGGGAGGUAUGGGAGGUUUCGGUGGGAUGCCGGCGAUUAUAGGUAUUCCGGUAAUGGGAGGACGAGGGAUGUUCCCUUGUGGUGGGCAUGUUGGGGGUGAAAUCGAAGGGCCUGCCGAUGGACCUCCAGGUCUCGAUCAGGAUGGGGAUGAUGGGGAUGAUUCAGACGAAGGUGAAGAUCCUGAAGAUGAUCCCGAUGCCCGUUACGACUAUCGUCUCGACGGGAACAGAAGACGAUGGUAG